AUGGAUCCUGCCAACCUCAAUGAGGAGCACCACUUCACUCUUCGUAACUACCACCGUCCGACAUUUUGCGACCAUUGCGGUUCGAUGCUGUUCGGCUUAGUCAAGCAAGGCUUCCACUGCUCCGGCUGUAAAAUGAACGUGCACAAACGAUGCAAGGUGAAUGUUCCUAAGAACUGCGGAAUCGGCAACGACCAGAUGCCGGCCGUGUCGGCGUACUUGGACGUGGCUACCGGUGCUCCGUACGUGCGCUACAGUAAACAGGGUGGACAGACCAAUUUGGCCAUGGGCGCCGAUCAAGCUGGGAGCAGUGCUGUCGCUGCAUACUGA